GUUUUCCGGGAAGCCGUAUCUGACUCAAGCCGCGAGAAAUCGUAAUUAUUUGUGUUUUAUCUGCCUCUCUACCUCUCAAACCUUUUUGAUAACUUGGAAAGUCUUAACGCCAAAUAUGAAGAGGUCAAGAUAAACGUGUUUUGUACAGACAUUACAUUUGCAUUGCCUCGUAAAUCCUGCCACGUCGUAUUGCUCGCUGAACCGACAUUGCAGAGCGUUCUUUGAAAUUCAAAAGGCAGACUCCUUUCAUCGCGAACGCCAGCUAGCAGGGAAGAGGGCCAGUGGGAGCCUGGCGGACUCUAUCGUGCGUCUGAAAACAGGCCGUGAAAUCCUGUUAUUUGCAAGGUCACAUCUAAGAAUCCCCGUUUAGAAGAGUACUACUGGGCAUUGAUAAACAUGUCGGGAGUACUAAAGUCUUCACAAGAGAAGGACAAUUUCCAGCGCCUCAUACGUCUGCUGAUUGCCGGCGGGACACGAGUCCUGAGGGAGACCUUUGAUUAUCUCUUGCCUCCUACUAACCUCACUAGCAUCUUGCUAAAUCACCAACGCACUCUGAUACACGGCAGACAACGCCUCUUGCCCUACCAACGGACUGUGGUGUACCCCUCCCCUGGGGUAACAGGUACCUCGGAGAAGUUUGACGUCACGUUGAUGAUGAUGCUUAUUCAGCGCUUGGGUGGUUUGCCACCGCCAUCCUCUGGGGGCUGGGACGCGAUGCCUGCUGAUGGGGACGUUUUACGCUCUGAUGAUCUCGUGCGCAUAAGGUUGUAUCGCAAUGAUCUGUACGCGCAUUCACGUGACAUGGAAGUGACGGACGCGGACUUCAAGGACCUGUGGAGUAGGAUUAGCGCAGUCUUAGUGCGGUUGAUGGCGCAUUUAAGUGCGGCAAAGGAACAGCAAUGGAAAAACGAGAUAGCAAUUUUACAAAACGCACCGUUAACUACUGAUGACGAGUUGAAUAUUGAAGAGUUAAAGAAUUGGUACGCACGUGAUUCUGAAGUCAAGGAUCAAUUGCUUAGUAUCGAAGCUAGCAUAGAGAAGAUGCAUGGCACACUGGGCGAAGUGGCGGAGUUUCAGCGGCAAGAAAGCUACUCGAAGACAUGCAAAAAGCAACACCACGAAUACAAGCCAUUGGAUCACUUCUGUCACGAUUGUCGAGAGAUCGGGUGUGAAAUGUGUGGGGUUAUGAUACACCGUAAUCACCGAUUCCAUCCUACUUCUACAGACCCUAUUUUACACAGAAUUAAAGAAGAGAUCAAAAGAUGUGUCGAAAAGACCAAGACCAGACUUAGGGAAGGCGAUCAAGAAAUCGAUUGCUUGAACCAAGAAGCCUCUAUGGGAGAGCUUCGGCUCCAGCAAGUACAGAAAAUGAUGCAAAAUUUCGUGAAUAAAACGAUUGAUUUGAUUCGCCACCAAGAAGAGGAACUUCUCUCUGAGUUGGCUAAGAUAAGAGCCGCAAUGAGUAUUGAAGUAACUGAGCACAAGACGCGAAUUCGAGAUUUUAACAAGGAAACAUCCCAAGUUAUAGAAUACGCGGAAAAUUUGCUAGAGAAGGGAAGCACCCUUGAGAUUUGUCAGCUAGCCGAGGAAGUGAAGGCCAACUUACAACAGCAGUCCAGUUUAGAGUUUGUGUCUUCUCCGCUAGCAACCAAAGGCAAAAUCUUCUCUCCAAAUACUGCAUUCCUCGACUUGCUGACCACGAAUGGCAUAGGGCGCGUUACUAGCGUGGAUCCCUCACUGUGCAACGCGGAGGGUCCGGGGGUAUCACUAUCCGCGGGGAAGCUCCAAAUCGGUCUGCAAACAUACUUCAAGGUCUCGACUUUCACGCCAAAGGGAGAACUCAUCCAUGCCCCGUACGAAGGUGUAAGCGUCAGCGUGACCUAUGACGUCACAUAUAACGCAGUCACGCAAGACCUGACUGACAAUGUAAAAGAUAAUCGAGAUGGUACUUACACGGUCACCUACACCCCGAUGCACACUGGGAUGUGCUACGUGGCUGUGAUGAUCAAAGGAGCCCACAUCAACGGCAGUCGAUUUAAGAUGGAAGUCAUACCACGAAAGUACCAAGCAAUCAUAGAAAUCGGCGCGAAAGGCCAAGGUCAGGGGGACUUCAGUGGUCCAUGGUGCUCCGCUGAGAACAGUGCCGGCGAAAUUUUUGUGACGGACCGACAAAAUAACCGUCUCCAAGUUUUCACCCCAGACGGGGGGUUCCUCCGCACAAUAGGGGAGUUCGGGUCGGGGAAGGGGCAGCUGAUCGAGCCCAGGGGGGUCGUGGUGUCUGCUAACGAUGACGUCAUAGUAUCAGACACGGGAAAUCACCGAAUACAGGUUUUCGCUAAGAGUGGAAGCUUUAAGUUUAUGUUUAGCGGAGCUGGUAGCCGCGAGGGAUACUUGAGGAAGCCCUACGGGGUCGCUGUGGAUAAUGACCAGAAUAUCAUCGUCAGUGACCUUGGGAAUCGCCGAGUUCAAGUCUUUAAUCCCGUGGGGGAGGUGGUGCGUGUGAUAGGCGCUGACUCUAUUAUAGAGUCAUAUUACUGUAUCUAUCAUGACCAUCACUACAUCGUGUCGGACAGCGGUAGCAGCACUAUCAAGGUCUUUUCCCAAGAUGGCGCACUUGUCCAGGAAUUUGGCGGGAAAAAGGGAGCGUUGGGCUUGUUGAGUAAGUCCACAGGUAUGACGUUUAACCAUUUGCGUGGGCUGGCCAUUGACAAAUGUGGAUAUCUUUUGGUUUGCGAUUCUUGGAAUGACUGUAUUCAAAUCUUUAAACACGAUGCAAGCUGGCGUUUUACCUUGGUAGGAAAGUUUGGUUCAGAAGGAGAAAAGAUCGGUAAAUUCAAACAGCCGACGACGGCUACAGUACUACGGAAUGGACGAAUUGUAGUGUGUGAGUUUCAUAAUUGCCGUGUGCAGAUCUUUGAGUAGGCAUUGUUAUUUGCCUAUCGGAAAAUCGUUCAAUAGAAAAAGUUGUGUCGAGGUUUUAUUUGCGAUACAAAUAUUUUAAAUUUGGAUUUAGAUUGCAUUAUAGCCGAUCAACUCAAUAAGCUUCCAUAGACAGUGGUGUUCCAACAAAAUAGUGAACAAGAGUGAAUAGUACCACCUUGAAGCCUGAGCUUAGAGGAGAUUAAGAUUGGGCUUUGUUUGUAGUCAUUACAGAUCAAUAUAAUCUUCAUUUAUUGCACCGACUAAUGCUUGAGACGUCAGCAAAACUACCGUAAAUGAUCUAUUAAACGCCCCCUUACUAAAGAACGCCUCCUAUCUAAUGAACGCCCCCUCCCCCCUAAGCUUACAAGUUUAUAUUGAACGCCCCUCUCUAAUAAACGCCUUUCUCUAUUUAACGCCCCGGGCGUUUAUUGUAUCAUUUACGGUACUCGUGUUUUUAGAGAGGCUGACGACAUGCACCUUCAGCCCUUUGCUGAUUUAUUUCCCAAUAAACUUCUUCUAGCUUUAAUAAUCUUUACGUUAAAUAUAAAGAGGUACAAGCGAGCGCUCGCUGCCACUACAGGUCAGCAGUGUUUUUUUUCUGCGUAGUGAAAAAGGUGGCUUCACGGAAAUAUGCGCGCGGGUGAAAUGUUACCUCGAUAUCAUUACCUCGUCUAGCCGAAACUUUGUAUACACCUAUUUCACAAAAGGUUGUCAGUGCAAAGGGCGAAUGACAAAUGGCUUUUAUGGGUACUAAUUAUUCUUAAAAAAUGUGUUAAAUAAAGUCCAGUAAUGUCAGAGCCAAGCAUUUGUAACCUUUAAUGGAUAAUUGUUUUGAUUUAUCCAUAUUUUUCGAGACGCUUGUUUUUUUCGGCCGUAGAACUGCCAUUUGUCAAUCGCCAUUUGCCAUUUGCACUGACAAUCUUUAUUGAAAUAGGUAUAUGCGGGGAUCAUUUGGUUUGGGCCAGAGACUAGAUCAUGUGACUCAACUUCGUUAACCACAGGGUACCCGAACAUGCACAUGCAGAUUCAUGACAUGCUAUCUUCCUAGCCUUUUUGAACAAAUCCUUUCUAGUAAAACCUAAUUUGGUAGGUCAAACCAAA